CCUCUUCAGCUUCCUCGACCGCGUCAACAUCGGCAACGCCCGCCUCUACAACCUCGAACGCGACCUCAACCUCCAAGGCAACCAAUUCCAAGUCGCCGUCUCCAUCCUCUUCGUAACCUACAUCAUCUUCGAGGUCCCCUCCAACCUCGUCCUCAAACUCCUCACCCCGCGCCGCUGGAUCGCCUUCAUCACAGUCUCAUGGGGCAUCAUCGCCACCCUCACGGGGCUGGUAAACUCCUACGGCGCCCUCAUCGCCUGCCGCCUCCUCUUGGGCGUCGUCGAGGCAGGGCUCUUCCCGGGGUUGAACGUCUACCUGACCUUCUUCUACAGCAAGCACGAGCUCGCGCUGCGCGUGGGAUACCUCUUCGUCAGUGCUGCCAUCGCCGGUGGGCUAGGUGGUUUGUUGGCGUACGGGAUCGGGCACAUGGAGGGUGUUGCUGGGCUGAGCGGGUGGCGGUGGAUCAUGAUCAUCGAGGGUCUGCCGACGGUCGUGCUUGGUGUGGUGACGUAUUUCGCGCUGCCCAACGACGCGGGGAGCGCGUACUUUCUGAGCGAGGAGGAGAAGGCGGUGUUGGUGAGGCGGAGGGGCAGGGAGUACGGCAACACGAGCAGCGCGCAGGAGUUUAGUCGGGGGGAUAUGGUCAAGGCGUUUAUGGACUGGAAGGUGUGGGUGUUUUGCGUUGCGCAGUUUGGGGCUGAUACGAUGCUCUACGGCUUCUCGACUUUCCUCCCGACCAUCAUCAACGGUCUCGGGACGUGGACGGCGGCGCAGGUGCAGCUGCUGACUGUGCCGUGCUACUUCCUCGGCGCCGUGGUGUACAUGACCAUGGCUUUCCUCUCGGACCGCACGCAGAAGCGCGGGCUGUUCUGUGUUGUGUUUGGGAGCAUCAGCGUCAUCGGCUACGGUGUGCUCAUAUCACCGACGUCGAAUGGGGUUCAUUACUUCGGUUGCUUCCUUGUCGCGGCCGGGCUGUACGUUGUAGUCGGGUUACCACUUGCUUGGCUUCCGAAUAACUCGCCGAGAUACGGCAAGCGGACAACGGCGAGUGGUAUGCAGCUUACCAUAGGCAACUGCUCUGGCGUCAUGUCGUCCUUCAUUUACCGAGCAAUCGACAAGCCACGAUACAUCCGCGGCCACGCCGUGACACUGAGCAUGGUCGGUAUGGCGACGUGUAUGUACGGCUUCAUGUGGUUCUGGUACUGGCGGGAGAACAAGCAGCGAGAGGGCGGUCGCGUGGAGAGCAAGUAUGCCGACCUCUCUGAUGACGAGCUGGCGGAGCUGGGCGAUGAGAGUCCGCGGUUCCGGUACACUAUUUGAGGUAAUGCUUGAAGACGUUAGUGGAAUGACGGUUAGAAAGAGAUGAUGAGAGAAUAUGCCGGACGUUUGACAAGCGGUGAAGAGAUAGAUGCCUGUUCAGACUUAGUGAAGGAUGACAUAAUAGAUACCCCCGUUGAAGAGAAGAGAGUACUCACUCCAGGUGUCGAGGGUCACUUGGUGGCGGCCGCAACGUCUUGUGCCCUUAUAUCCACCUCUGUUUAGCCAAAUUCUGGCUGCAAAAGUAGAAAUAAGUCGA